AUGCAAACUCCACGCGAGUCCCGGGACAAUGUCCAACCAUCGUCCAUCACUUCAUCUCGAGGCAACUCUGUCGGUGAUCUGAAAAGUGAUCCGAAAGGUGAAGCCAACAGUGAACCAGGCCAACACCCUAAAGACGACCAGGUCAUCAUCACACCCGUCCCAGCCUCUGGCACGGACGACAAAGCUGUCACAGAAGGGCUCUUCACUUCAACUACGAAUGGCACAGCCGUUGACAAGCAGGACGCGCGCGUCUCGUCCAACACUGACGGGGCCGACGCCUCCACCGUCGACACCUUCUACCGGCCCGACCCCUACGACUUUGGCCGACACCGCCGUGACAAUGUCUCCAAGAAACAGAUGAAGAUUGAGCAUCCCAAGGGUAACAAGAGGAAGCUCUCAAAGUUCUACACCCGCCAGAACGAGCUCAUCGACCAGUUCCUGGGCGCCGAAGAUGAAGAGAGGCAGCAGGUCGACGAGGAUGCGCGGAUGGGCCCCAAGAUCAAGUUCGCCGUCAACGCAUCCUUCACCGUCAACUUCUGCCUCUUUGUCAUUCAGCUCUAUGCCGCCGUCUCAACCGGGUCUCUAUCGCUGUUUGCCACUGCAGCCGAUGCUUUCAUGGACCUCGUCUCAUCCUUUGUAAUGCUCAUCACGUCGAGAUUGGCAGCCAGGCCAAGCGUUUACAAGUACCCGGUGGGGUGA